AUGCUUCAGCCUCACCGUUUUCUCCCACUGUUAGCUGGCUUUCAAAGAACAGUCUUUCUGCAAACGGGAAAGCAUAAUCCUGCUCUGGGAAUGCAAUGGAGGAAGAAUACAUCGGCAACAUUCCAAUCAUCGUCCUUCAAUCAACUGGAAACUUGUAGCGGUCUACAAAAUUCGUAUUAUGCUUUAAGACACGGUCAAUCCAAAGCGAAUGUUGCAGGGGUCAUCGCUUCCGACCCAAAGAUUGCUACUGUUGAGUAUGGCUUGUCUGAUUUGGGCAAGGAACAGGCCACAAAUGCAGGACAAGAUAUUGUCAAGGAAUAUUCUUCCAAAGGAUUUGAAGGUCUUUUGAUUCUGUCAUCGGACUUUUUACGCGCCAUGGAGACUGCGGAAUGUGCAUCGGUUGCUGCCGAAAUUGAACAUGAUGGUGUCGUUGUCGAAACAAGGCUAAGAGAACGAUACUUUGGAAAAUGGGACCUUGGAAGCGACCAUCAUUACAAUGAUGUUUGGAUUGAUGAUGCAGUUGAUCCUUCUCACACCAUCAAUGGAGUGGAAUCAGUCCAAUCCGUUGUGAGUCGAACAACAGAAAUGAUUUUGGAAUGGGACCAGAAAUACACUGGGCAUAUGAUAAUUUGUGUGGCACACGGGGAUGUACUUCAAAUUUUGCAAUCUGGCUUUAGCAAAAUGGAUUAUGCCAAACAUAGAUCGUUAGAACACCUGGAAACCGCAACUCUUAGAAAACUCGAAUUGAAAAGUUAA